GUGGAUUUAGUGGAAUGUUGAUUAUUUACAAACUCAUUUUAUAGAUUAAUUGUUUCUACACCUUGGAGUUUUAACUAGGCCUAUAAAAUUUACUUUUAACUUUUCCUAAUUUAGGCUUUAGGUCUUUAACAUUUAGAAAUGGGUAAAGGUAAGAAGAGGAGGCUCAAGGAAGACAACGAACAAGAAUUUGAUCCUGCCCCCAAACAUUUAUCAAUUGCUCACAUCAGGAACCAAGAAAAACGAUUAAUUGUAAUACUUGAACAAGCCCAGUUAGAAUCAGUAAAGGUAGGAAACACAUUCCAGUUGUUGAACUGUGAUGAUCACGAAGGUAUUCUCAAGAGGCAUGACAGAAUGCCAGGUGCAGUGCGACCAGAUAUUACCCACCAAUGCCUCAUGAUGUUGCUCGAUAGCCCUCUCAAUCGAGCUGGUCUGCUACAGAUUUAUAUUCACACUGAGAAUAAUGUCCUGAUUGAAAUCAAUCCGCAAGUUAGAAUACCAAGAACAUUUAAAAGGUUUUGUGGUCUGAUGGUUCAGCUCCUGCACAAGUUCAGUAUACGAGCUUCAGACAAUGCAAUGAAGUUAUUGAAAGUUAUUAAAAAUCCAGUAACAGAUCAUUUACCUGUGGGUUGCCGCAAGAUUGGGACUUCUUUUGCAGCAGAGAAAGUUAUCAAUCCGAGGGAAAUUGUACCUCAGGAAGAGCCAAUUGCCAUUGUGAUUGGAGCCAUCGCAAGAGGAUCGGUGCAGCCAGAUUAUAUUGAAGACACUAUAUCAAUAAGCAACUACCCACUAUCCGCUGCACUAACGUGCAGUAAGCUGUGCUCUGCUUUUGAAGAGGUCUGGGGUGUUAUGUAGGAAUAUGCUUGUUUACUUUGUAAAUACAUUUUUAUGAAACGUG